AUGGUAGUUGUGGAUGAUUUCUCCAAGUACCCAGUCGUUAGCAUCUUACACACUCUUGCAGCACCUACAGUCAUCAAGCAACUGCGCACUAUAUUCGAUCAGUUCGGCUGUCCGGAAAUUGUAAAGUCAGACAAUGACCCACCCUUUCAGAGUGAGGAUUUUGCAGAGUUUGCUAGCGAGCUUGGAUUCAAGCAUCACCGCAUCACUCCACGGUGGCCAGAGGCUAACGGGGAAGCCGAACGAUUCAUGCGCACCCUCAAGAAGUCGAUACUCGCAAGUCGUGUCAGCCACUUGGAUUGGACCAAUGAGCUUCAGUCAUUCCUCCUGGCUUACAGGUCCACACCCCAUGGUUCCACAGGAAAGUCUCCGUUUGAACUUCUAUUUGGGAGACCCAUGAGGAAUCUUCUACCGACACUUGCUGCUGAUACUCAGAACUCAGCUCACUCUGAGGCGAGACAGAAUGACACCCAAAGAAAAGCAUACAACAAGCAGUACGUCGAUUCUCGGAGACACACCAGUCACAACCAGCUGCAUGUUGGACAACAAGUCCUCUGCAAACAAGACAGGUCAAACAAGUUCUCGUCUUACUAUGACCCCCACCCAUAA